AUUAUAUUCUGUAUUUUAGGACUCUUUUGUAGCUCCAUAGAAACUAUUAAAAAAAAACACACAUUUGAACCUUCAGCUCAUACCAGCACAUUUUCUCCACUCAUGCAUAAUGAUGCCUAUAAAGUGUUUAAAGAUUUAAGUGUUUAGCUCAUGAUCUCUGCAAAUCCAGCAGAUUUGUGACGACAUGGUGGGAUGAGAGAGAAACGGAGGGAAGAGGAUGACAGCAUUUAAAACUUUAAGCACCAGAUCAUCUCUGAGAGAGGAAAUGAUUUCAGACCAGGAUGUUUCUGUUGGUCUGGUUUACUGGAUGUUUGUAGGAGUGCGUCCGCUCUGAGCGAUCAGCAUGUUGAACCACCUCAGGGCUCGGAGCAGGAGUCUGUUCUGCAGCUACAAGCCCGGCGGACAGAUCCACCAGGUCCAGGAACCGAUCGAUCACCUGGACCUGAUCAGCUCCUUCAUCAAGCCAUGGAACUCCAUGCAGGACCUGAGCAGAGACAUCUACGACCUUUAUGCCGAGUACGAGCGCGAAGAGGUGGAGGACCGGCUGCCGGUGUCGCCGUCUCGCGUCCUGAUGUCUCCAACCAAACACCUGACCCUCAACAUCAACGUUGGAGGAACGAUUUACCUCCUGCCGUACAGAUUAGCCGCUCGCUACCCAAAGACCCGGAUCGGCCGUUUGGCCACGUACACGGACCACAGCAAGAAGCUGGACCUCUGUGACGAUUACAUCGUCCAGAGCAACGAGUUCUUCUUUGAUCGAGACCCAAAAGUUUUCCACAACAUCUUCAACUUCUACAGAACCGGAGUGCUGUGCAUUAAGGAGGAGUUGUGUCCGCAUCACUUCCUGGAGGAGAUCCACUACUGGGGCGUGAGGAUCAAAUACACGCAUCGCUGCUGCCGCAUCUCGUUUGAGGAGCGGCAGGACGAGCUGAACGAGCAGCUGAAGGUCCAGAAGGAGCUGCUGGCCGAGCUGGAGCUGGAGGAAAGCGACUCCAUGUUUGAUCACAUGACCUUUGGCCCGACCCGGAAGAAGAUCUGGAACCUGACGGAGAAACCGUUUUCCUCCAUCACCGCCAAGCUGAUGGGCGUGGCCUCCUCCUUCUUCGUGCUGGUCUCCCUGGUUGCCAUGACGCUCAACACCGUGGACGAGAUGCAGUACAAGACGCCGUCGGGCCAGCCCAGCGGACGGUUCUACGGCGAGGGCAUCGAGACGCUCUGCAUAGCCUUCUUCACCCUGGAGUACCUGCUGCGGCUGGUCUCCACGCCGGACCUGAAGAGCUUCAUGCGCAGCGUCCUGAACACGGUGGACCUGAUCGCCAUCCUGCCGCACUACCUGCAGAUGCUGCUGGAGGGCUUCGAGGACGAGGACGUCCACCGCCACGCCGGGGACAUCGAGACCGUCGCACGCGUCGGCAAGGUGGGUCAGGUUCUGAGGAUCAUGCGUCUGAUGAGAAUCUUCAGGAUCCUGAAGCUGGCCCGUCACUCCACUGGGUUAAGAGCGUUUGGGUUUACGCUGAGGCAGUGCUACCAGCAGGUGGGCUGUCUGCUGCUCUUCAUCGCCAUGGGGAUCUUCAUGUUCUCCGCCAUGGUGUACAGCGUGGAGCACGACGUCUACAACACCAACUUCACCUCCAUGCCUCACGCCUGGUGGUGGGCCACGGUGAGCAUCUCCACGGUGGGAUACGGCGACAUGCUCCCAGAAACCAACCUGGGCCGCGUCUUCGCCUUCGCCUGCAUCUCGUUCGGCGUCAUCCUGAACGGCAUGCCCAUCUCCAUCCUCUACAACAAGUUCUCCGACUACUACACCAAGCUCAAGUCCCACGAGUUCGCCAUGGUCAGCAGGGCGCGGGGGAAGGUCCGCUUCAUCAAGAGGGCCGCCAAGCGCUUCGCCGACUGCUGCGACGACGUCGCUCAGCUGAAGCAACAUGGAGGGCGGCGGUUGAUGGUCGCCAACGACUAAACUCCAAAAACUGAACCUCCAUCCAUCAGCCUGUCGUUCCCUGGAGAAAACUAACGCACACAAACAACCCAAACACUGUAAAUUCAGCUUUGUUGCUGCAACUGCAUGAAGCUGGACUGAUAUGGAGCACCAUUAGAGUCUAAAAUUAACAGCAGUAAUUUGUGUUUUUCAGCCUGUAAUAACAGAAAAACAUGGUUGGCCAUUUUUCAAAGGCAUAUUGUCACCGUGUUAUUCAUUACUAAAUAUUUAGUUUGAAGCUAAAUGUUUAAACUAAAUAUUUAGCUUGCUAACAAAAUGGUUACCUCAAAGCUAAAUAAUUAGUCUCAAAACAACUAAUUAGCUUAUAGUUAAUAUUUAGCAUUAAACUAUUUAGCUUGAUAAGUAUUUAGUUCAAAGAAAGAAUAAUUAGUUAGCAAUCAAAAUAUUUUCUUUGAAGCUAAAUAUUUAGUUUGAAGCUAAAUAUUUAGUUUGAAGCUCGGGUUUUUAUGAAUUAAUGCUUAAUAUGGUGAAAUUAUGACUUUAAGGAUGAACCAGGACUAAAUGGCUUAGUAACCCAAAAUAUUGCUGUUAAUUUUUGACUGUGCAACUUUACAAACGCUCCACAAUUCUUGAGGAGUUUUUGGACUUUUCCACCUGGAUGUUGGAAAUGUUUUGACAACAAGACUACAUUUCUGUUUGGGUCAGACAAAAGCCAUACCGGACACAUUCUAGAAAAACUUUUGAUGUAGCAUAUUAGCUAAUAAUGCUCAGUUUCUCUGUAUUUAAAUGAAAGUAACGUUAAAUUAUAAACAGAGAAUAUAACUUUUCUACAAAACUUUUGUCCUUUUCAUUGUUUUAAAGAAACUUCACUGUGGAUUUGUGGCACACAUUUCUGCAUUUCCAUAUAGAACCUGCCAAAA